AUAGUGCCAUGUCAAUGAGUGGAAUUUUGAAUAAUUGAGAUACCUACCUAUACAAAAAGUAUAAAAAAAUAUUUUAAAAUGCAAUGUUUUUGAGUGCAAAUUGAAAGUUGUUAAAGAGUUUUUUGUUUUAUUGGUAUAGAAGGAGGUCCUUGUUGCGAAAAAAUGGCGAAUCCUGAAGAUAAAUAUUUAUCUUGUGAUCUUUAAUUGAAAAUCAAAAAAAAAAUUAACACUCUUUUGUGAGUGGAAUAAUUUAUAAAUUUUGAGUGUUAAAUAUUUAUUAGUGAUCUCCAAUAAAACUGGAUAUUAUCCUUGCUUGUUGUUAAUAAAUCAUAAAUUUCCCUGGAAUCGGGGGAUCCUUUAGAGUGACAGAGACUCAUUCAUCUUAUCAAAACUACAGAUACAAUCAGCUGCUGUUCAAUGCAUACGGAUAUUAUUAUUGGCGAUCAAAUUGUGCCAUCCGCAAAUUUUUGGGUAAUGCAGUCCCCAGAAUUGGAUUAUCGGCAUGAGCUGAUGGGUCGUCUGCAUAAAAUCGAGCCUGACGUUGAACUAGAAGUGUUACCUCAUCACCAUCAUCAUCACGAUCACAACAAUCAUCAUCUGCACCACCAGCACCAACAUCACCACCACCACCAAGACCAGCAUCAUCACCAACAGUCAAGUCAACAGCAACAUCACCAGCAGCCACAACAACAACAACCAAAUCAUAGCAUAGAUAAUCCGUCCAGCUCACCGAGUAACUCAAGUUCCGGCUAUGGUUGCGCAUACGCCAACAGCCAGUGCUACGAUGGUGGUUACUCCACCGGGAAGGAGUAUCUAUUUGAAACCAAAAAUAAAGAGGCUCUCUGCACACCAUCCUCCGAAAUGGAUGAUCCGUUCCUUCGACCGCCACUCUGGGAAGACAUUGCCAGCUCAAUACAAAACAUCGAUCCAGAGAAUGCGGUGAUGUUGGGCACCAAUUCAAUGGCCCAAGUUAAAAUGGAAAAUGUCGAAGAUCCCCUACUAGAAACCCUCUCGACACCAUUGCUCAGUCCACUAGAAAUCAAAACCGAAAAACAUCCAAACCACCAUGCCCAACAUCAUUUGCAUCAACACCAUCACCUGCAUCAGCAUCAUCCGAGUUUAGGAACAGGUGGUGGGAGUAGUGGAACAAAUGCUGCUAGUGCAACAGAAUGUGAUACCCUUACCCAACUCUCGAUAAUCCAUGGUCCCAUGCACCACCCACAAUUACAUCAACAACUGCAGCAUCCACACCACCAUCAGCAUCAGCACCACCAGCAACAACAACAACACCAGCAGCAGCAAAAUCCAAAUAGCAAUAGCAAUAGUCCUAGCCACAAUCGAAGCAGUAGUUCUAGUAGUAAUAGCAAUAAUAACAAUGAUAGUUUAGUCCAUAAUAAUAAUAACAACAACAACACCAGUGCAAGUAGUAAUAACAGCAGUAGUUCGAGCAAUGGCAAUAGCGAUAAUGGCUCAUAUCUAUUAACUGGAUCCAGCAGCUAUCCCCCACCACCGCCGCCGCCGCAUUUAAAUAGCUACUUAGGCGGUGGCAAUGUGAAUGCUAAUGUAGGCCAACAUCAUCAAAUGCCACCGCAAAGCACCAACAACAACAACAGCAAUACAAAUAAUAACAAUAACAAUAAUACCAGCACCAAUAACAACAACAUCAGCAAUAGCAGCAAUGCCAGUAACAACAACAACAUCUCAAACAAUGGAGGUGGCUACGCUUAUAAUUGGCAGAGUCACACACAGCCUUCCUACCACAACAAAUACCCAGUGCAAAAUGUUGCUGUCGUGCCAGCUGCUAACCUCUGCCCGCCACCGCCAAUGUCAAGACUCAUGUAUGUGCCACCAUUGACACCACCCAGUUCGGAUCCAGGAAGUCCGGGUAGUUCAUUGGUUUCAAAUAGACGUGCUACACCACCACCGCCAUAUCAACACCAGCAACAGCAACAACAGCAACAGCAAGGACAUCCACUUGCUGGAGUUAGUGGUCCUGCAUUAAUUGCUGUGCAUUCGGCGAGUGGCCCGAAUUCCGCCCACUCCCAUCACCUCAGCCCACCAAUUGGCCCGCCCAAUAGUCGAACGCUCACUACUCUCACUUCGAGCAAUUCAUCGAACAUUCAACAGAAUACUCCUGCUCAUUUGGCGAACAUCAUUUCACCGGCGAUAAGGACAGUUCGUUAUAAUCGAAGGAAUAAUCCGGAGCUAGAAAAGCGGCGGAUACAUCACUGCGAUUUUUUAGGUUGUACAAAAGUCUAUACCAAAAGCUCACACUUAAAAGCCCAUCAAAGAAUUCACACAGGUUACCAGAUAAAACACAACAUUUAUAGUAGGUAUAUAGUAUCAACAAAAUGUCAUUUCUUAACCCAACAUUCAUCUGUUUUCAAUAUAAAACACGAAAGAUAAUGCAAGAGAUUUUCUACUGAAAAAAUCCAUCAAGCCACCAACCAAUCACUAUAAAACACACUUUAUCAAUUAGGCUCACGAUGUAGAGUCAAAUUUCUUCUCUUCUUGACUUCAAGUAGUAAACAGUCACGUGCCUCAUAAACUUUACUCAAUUUUACCAUCACGGAAGAAAGAAGAGAAGUAAGAAAAAAAAUCGACAAACUAACUGAAGUGCGCCACAAGAAAAACGAUGAAAAAAGAAAUAUUUAUCAGACGAAGAGUUUUCCCAGUUCAGCAGCUCCAACGAGAAAAGAUUGUUUUUUUUUUCCCAAAAUUGUAAUCAUUAUAGAAUAUCAUUGAAAAAGAAUUAUUAUUUAUCUA